AAAGGUGAAGGACAAGGUGAAGGAAUUUGCGAAAUUCCGCGAGCAAAUCAAACGGCGUUAUGUUUCGUUACGUUACUUGACCCUCACUUCACAUAACCACUGUCGUAUUGGCGUGAUCAUUUCCGUUUCAGAAUGACCCAGUUGAAUUUCCGCUCCACCCCCUGGAAUGCUCGUACAAGCUAUAAGUUAGAAGUUGGGGGGAUUUCGCAAGCUUCAACAUUCUUGGCCUGUUCAAACAGACGGCCCUCCUUCGUAUUUGAUUUCAAAUACUGAAAGAGUAACUUCCUAUUGACAAGCGAUAAUAAUUUUUAGUAAUGGGAAAUUUAAUAGGAAUUGACUCUCACAAGAAGCAACAGAUCGAAGACAUUGCUCAAGAAUUUCUGCAAGAGUUCACCUUAGCUUACAAUACAGCCUAUGGAGUUGAAUACACAAAGUUAACUUUGAAGGAAAUUGAUGCAGAAUCAUUUGCAGAAGAAAAACCAGCGUAUCAGUUAAUGCACAGACCAUGGGAUAGUAUCAAAAAUCCCUUAAAAAUGGGAUAUCUCACAAAGAAAGGAGCGGUCGUCAAGAACUGGAAGAAACGUUACUUUGUGGUUAAUCCUGAUUAUUCUAUUGACUAUUUUGAAAAUGAAGAGGCAUAUGAGAAAGGUUUCAAACCUAAAGGUACCAUUUUCCCUUGUGGAUAUGAAGUUAAUGGUAACUUGGAUGAAAUAAUGGCAGAGAGACUAAAGAACCUCGCAAAACUGAUGAAGGUGGAUGAGAAAGAGGUCGGCGCUCCAGAAAAGCUCCCUGAACACACAUUUGAGGUGGCCCAUUCUAGAAGAAGGUCUUAUCUCAUCACUGCUGAAAAUGAUGAAGACAAGAGUGCCUGGAUUGAAACUUUCAAAGUCUGCUGCAGAAAAGCUGAGGGAUUGAAAAGUGAAGAUCCAGUGGGCCGUGCUGCUUUUAAAGUGGCUCUGUGGAAGACGUAUUGGAGGUACAGAGUUGAGGGAACAGAGGAACAGGUUCUCAGUGAUAUCCUUGUGGACAGGAUCAACUGUCGAGUCAUGUCUGAAGUGUAUGCUGAAAUUCGUGGAGGCUGGACAAUGAAGCAAAAGAUCAGAGAGCAGGUUGUGAAGACUUUAGAUUCUCUUGUUAUGGCUAUGGUCAUUCCAUCAUGGAAAGGAAUGCAAGAGUCUUCUCAGCAAAUGAAAAAAGUCCUUGAGCCAACUAUCAAUGACAAAAAGGAUGAACUGGCUGCCGUGCAGCGCAAAGUCAUGUGGGAUUUAUCAGAGCUUCUGAAAAGUACUUUGGAAAAAAUGUUGAAGGACAUGGAAGAGACAAUGAAAGAAAUGGCUGACCUUUUAAGACGAAGGAUGGAACAAGGCUUGGCAGAGUUAAGGAAAAUCUUCAUUAUGAAAGUCGAUGAAGUCAUUGAACAAGCGAAGAACACGAAUGAAAUUGAAGCAGCCUUGCCUUCAUUCUUCCAGACGUUGGAUAGAGCUCCACGUUCAUUGUCCGUAUUGUACGAUGCUCUAGUUUGCAUUCGCUUUGUGAGCACGCUGCGCGAGAAGUUUGAUCAGCGUAUCAACAAACUGAACGGUCAUCUGGUGACAGACAUUGGAUCUGACAAGUUGGCUCAGCUUCUGGACUCAGCCAUGUUUACCUUUGAGGAACGUUUCAAUGAAGGAAUCUCUGGUACUGACGCAAAGGCAAACGGCGAAACAGCUGCGGACAUAAUGAAAGUCGUCAAGGAGGAAGUGCUUUUGAAAUAUGACGAGGACCAGAAAAUCGUGCUUGUUGAAUACUUGAUGGAGUCAAUGCUGUGUAUGUUGGUGCCACACACCCACAACCUCACUGAUCAAGUUUGCAAACCAAUGAUCAAACCAGUGGAAAGUAGCAUCCCAGACCCCCUCCGCCAAGCAAUUUCACUCAGCGACAAAUAUGAUACUUAUGUGGAAACAAGCUUACGAGACGCAGUCAAGAAAGUUUGUGGAAUCGGAGGAGCACCAGUGGCUCAACCAAGUGGCGAACCUACAGCCGAGGAAGAGAAGACCGUGGAACCGAAAGUUGACGAGCAGGUGAAAGACAACGAUGAAACCUCGACCGAGCAACCGCAAGCUGAAGAGAAACCGGCUGAAAUCGCAAAUGAAAAGUCUAGUGAAGCCGAAGAGAAACCGAGUGAAGGCGAAGAGAAACCGAAUGAGGUUGAAGAGAAGUCAAGCGAGGCCGACGAGAAACCAAGUGAGGACGAGGGAAAACCGAUUGAGGCCGAAGGGAAACCGAGUGAGGUCGAAGGGAAACCAAAUGAGGUCGAAGGGAAACCAAGUGAGGACGAAGGGAAACCGAGCGAGGCCGAAGAGAAACCAAGUGAGGACGAAGGGAAAUCGAUUGAAGCUAAAGAUAAAACGGAAGAACCUGAAACCGAGAAAUGUGAUUUAACAACAGAACUUUGAAAAGUGCUGCUAACUAAAGAUAACUUUUUAUGAACUAGUAAGCUUUCACUAAUCUUAACUCCCCCAUUAAACAGGUGCUCUACUGUAAAACUUUCCCCUUUUACAACGGCGGUAAGUUUAGGAAAACAGAAAGAAAGAAAGAAGUUGACAAUUUUUUCAUGAAGUUCUUUUGAAUGGGAUAUAGUUUACAAGGCAAAUUGAUAUAACCUCUGCUCAUAGACUUGAGUGCUACAGAAAAUAUUUAAAGAUAUCAAGUUUUAAUUGAGAAGCGUGUUCAAACAGUUUUGAAAAACUUCAGAAAGGGCAUAUCCGUAUUUCGAAGUAUAUUUGUAUUAAGCACACAUCAUACAGGAAAAUAAACUUAGAAAUGAGUAUUGACGA